GCGAAUCGUACAGCACUACUUCGGCUUCCGUAGCUGAAAUGAUCCUUACUACACUUUCUUCCAUGCAUUUAUCUUUCAAUUAAUUUUAUCUUUCCACAACAAACGCUUAUUUUCACGCGAGUCAGGCAUAACUGCACUCGAAAGGAAGGUUCAAAGGACUUAAAUCCGCCCGUUCAGCCUUACCGAAUCCGCUGUUAAGGACAUUUUAACGUGAUCUGUCAUGGUUAGCACGUACGCUAUCAGGGUAUAACUCGUUAGCGGAGCAAAUAUCGCUUUUUUGAUGUGUGUUUAAGGUAAAACAGCGAUAACGAGAUCAGCUGAAAUGUGAACACUCGCACUUGAUGGACUCGAUCUUCACUGCGGUUGCAGACGACCUCACGACAGUUGUGUCGAAGUUGGAAAUACGGAAAUAACAGCCAUUUAUGGCCCACCAAAUAAUCAAUUAACUGCAGCUCAAGUGUUGUAAAUACCGUGUAUCGUCGCCUUGUUUUGGAUAUAGUAUAUGGCCGUGCACGCGCCUAUCAAAAGUGGAGAUUAAUAUUUAGGUCGUGCAUGAAGAUUAGUGUUCACGGCAGGAUGUCAAAGGGAUUUGUGAGCUGAGAUAAUAACAAAAACAAAAACAUGUCAUUCACCCUGUCAUAAAUUACAAACUUUCGCUUUAUAACAGAAAUCCGUCGACUUUUGCUGUAAAUAAUAUAGAUGUUUGUGCAUUGGAAGAGCGGGCUGUCAAAGUCACUUUACUGAUCAAAUACUGUAGAAGUCAGAGGCAUCAUGUCAGGGGAUAGUAGUGGCAGUGGCGAGGACUCCGACCGAGAAACCCGUAAAGUUUGCACUGUUAAACUCGAGAUCACUAAUGCAAACCUCACAGGAUACACUGAGAAAGUUGGCAUGGAGAACUUUGAACUUCUCAAAGUGCUUGGCACCGGAGCAUACGGGAAAGUAUUCCUGGUCAGAAAAAUCAGCGGCCAUGAUAAAGACAAACUCUACGCCAUGAAGGUUCUGAAGAAAGCAGCUAUUGUUCAGAAGGCAAAGACUGCUGAGCACACUAGAACAGAGCGACAGGUGCUGGAACACAUUCGCCAGUCACCCUUUCUGGUCACCCUCCAUUACGCCUUUCAGACGCAAACCAAACUGCAUCUCAUACUAGACUAUGUGAGUGGAGGAGAGAUGUUUACGCACCUGUAUCAGAGAGAUCAUUUCUCCGAGGAUGAGGUGAGGAUCUACGUGGGGGAAAUUAUUCUGGCCCUGGAGCACCUGCACAAGCUUGGCAUUGUGUACCGGGACAUUAAGCUGGAGAACAUCCUAUUGGACAGUGAUGGUCAUGUGGUUUUGACAGACUUUGGACUGAGUAAGGAGUUUCUGGAAGAGGAGAAAGAGAGGACGUACUCAUUCUGUGGCACUAUAGAGUACAUGGCACCAGAGAUUAUCAGAGGGAAAGCUGGCCAUGGCAAGGCAGUGGAUUGGUGGAGUUUGGGGAUUCUGAUGUUUGAGCUGUUGACGGGAGCAUCUCCGUUCACUCUGGAAGGAGAGAGGAAUUCCCAGAGUGAGGUGUCCAAACGCAUCCUGCGCUGUGAGCCUCCAUUCCCCUCCAUCAUUGGGCCCUUGGCUCAGGACCUCCUGCGAAAGUUACUUGUGAAAGACCCUCAUAAGAGAUUGGGCUCUGGUCCCAGAGGAGCCGAGGAGAUCAAAUGUCAUCCUUUCUUCAAGGGGUUAAACUGGUCGGACUUGGCAGAGAAAAAGGUUCAGAGCCCAUUCCGACCAGAACUACGUAAUGAGUUGGAUGUGGGUAACUUUGCUGAGGAGUUUACAGGAAUGGAUCCAGUCUAUUCCCCUGCCAGCACACCACCUAGUACAGACCGUCUGUUUCAGGGCUACUCUUUUGUGGCUCCUUCUAUCUUGUUCAAUAAGAAUGUGGUUAUGGCAGAUGUUCUGGACGCUCAUGUGAAUGUUGACCGGCCUGGUUCUGCUACAGUCCAGCGCAGUUCUAUGCUAAAGGACUCUCAGUUCUUUCAACACUAUGAGCUGUGCCUGCAGGGGACGCCACUGGGCGAGGGUAGUUUUUCUGUCUGCAGGAAGUGCAGACACAGGCAGAGUGGCCAGGAAUACGCUGUAAAAAUCAUCAGCCGAAGGAUGGAGGCCAUGACUCAGAGAGAGGUCGCAGCACUACGCCAAUGUGAAUCUCACCCGAACAUCGUCACACUCCAUGAGGUCUAUACCGAUCAGUAUCAUACAUAUCUGGUCAUGGAGCUGUUGCGUGGUGGAGAGCUUUUGGAGCGAAUAAGGAAAAAGAAGGUGUUUGCAGAAUGGGAGGCCAGUCAGCUGAUGAAGAGCCUGGUGUCAGCGGUCAGCUACAUGCAUGAGGCUGGAGUCGUACAUCGAGACCUCAAACCAGAGAACGUGCUGUUUGCUGAUGAGUCGGAUGACUCCGUGUUGAAGGUGAUUGAUUUUGGAUUUGCGAGGUUGUUUCCAGCGGGGAGCGGCAGUGCCCCCCUGCAGACCCCCUGCUUUACCCUGCAGUACGCCGCGCCUGAGCUCUUCCACAGCUCGGGAUAUGACCAGGCGUGCGACCUCUGGAGCCUGGGGGUGAUCUUGUACACCAUGCUCUCUGGCCAAGUUCCAUUCCAGAGUGAGAAAAAAGGCAUGACAUCAUCACAUGCAGCUGACAUCAUGCACAAGAUCAAAGAGGGAGAUUUCUCAUUGGAUGGAGAAGCCUGGAAGGGUGUGUCCGAUGAGGCCAAAGAUCUAGUGAGAGGUUUGUUAACGGUAGAUCCUGAGCGACGGCUGAAGCUCUCGGCUCUGAAGGAGAACGCUUGGCUUCAGGGAGGUGGCGUCAUGUCCUCCACCCCUCUCUGCACCCCUGAUGUUCUGGAGUCCACUGGCCCGACCGUCCGUACCUAUGUCAAUGCCACCUACAAGGCAUUCAACCGGGGGAAGCGUGAGGGGUUUUUCCUUAAAAGCGUCGACAAUGCGCCGCUAGCAAAACGUCGGAAGAUGAAAAUGACUAGUACUGGUGUGGAGACGAGGCGCAGCUCAUCCUCCUCCUCGACUUCCUCCUCUUCCUCGUCCGCUUCCCAUUCCAAGACGCAGAAUUGCCAAUCUCUGAAUCCCCACGAGGACCCUAAACUGUGACAUCUCCUGUUGCUUUGAUGUGGUGAGAGAAUGUAUUGCAAAGGCCUUUGCAGAAUGAAAAAGACCUAUAGAAAAGACUAAGCGAAAUAAUAUAACCUUGAUAUGGCAACAAAUUCAACAUUUAUCAAAGUCUCUUCAGGAGUAAAACUGGUUGGCAAGAUCAACUUUUUCAAGUCAUAUGGAGGAAAAGAGGAUUUUUAAUCACGGUGGCUCUCUGUAAACACGACGCCAAGGAAAUGGUCUACAUUUAUAAAAGACUCAGAUGGCAUUUCCUUUGCAAUUUUUUUUUCAUCAUUUGAGACUGUAGACAUUUUAAUGAAUGUAAAAAUGCUUUGUCACAUGGUGGGUAUCCACUUGCAUUUAGAGAGAUCUAUAACCGUAAAGAUGAUUGAAACACUGAGAUCAGGGAAAGCUGAAAUGUUAGGGAAUAGUGGACAAGAGAGCAAAGCCAUAUGUGAGAAUUAGAGUGGAUGUGUAUUUUAAUGUAUUUUAAUGAUCCACCGAGCAAAGCUUUAUGUGAAUCUUGUACAGGCCUUUUACAUAUCACUACUUUUAAGAAGUUUUCUCGAUGUUUGCAUGGUAUAGUAUUUUAAACGUUUUACAUUUUUAGAAACCUAUGAAGUCAGACCACACAAAGUCACUGAAUCACCAGUUACAAUAGGUCUUGUCAAGGAAAUUGAUGAGGACACUUCCUCCGAUACACACUUUUGGGUGAAUCUCACAAAGAAAUGUCAAUUGUAUUUCUCAUCAAUCAAAAGAAAAAAUUAUAUUAAUUUUAAGGAUCAUUAAAUGUUAACAGUCAUUAAUGAUAGUUAAACCUAGUCAUCCCUCCCAAAUUGUAGAAAAAAAAAAUCUCUUUACUUCAAUACAGUAAUGAAAAUCAUUGUCCAGUUUUUAAAAAAAAAAAAAUUAAAAUCAGCACAAUUAAAUUGCCUACAAAUGCGACCAUGUGUAGUUAAAAUUGUACUAAUGUGAAAAAUUGUGAAAUUUAGAUUUUUCAUAUAUUAAUUUUGUCAUUGGUAAUCAAAAAAAGUCCUAUAAUUUGUCUUCUAAUUCUUAAUGCAAAAUAAUUUCUCUUUUGGGGCUUUUGAUGUGAAAUCUACCCAGAUGUUUCUUGACAGUUUCUGUGAGAUUCACCUUUUUCUGCCUUGUGUGUUUUUAUUGCUAGUUAUCAUGUGAAGUUUGUAGAGAUCACUUUAUAUACCAUCACUAACUUAGGCCGGGUUCAGACUACACAAUAUUUAUAUGUUACGAUAGUCACUGCCAGAUUAUGUGAUUUUUGACUCCUAAAUUCUUGUGGCGUCGUGGAAAAGAAUUACACAUCUUCAGGAAACAAGAGCGUAAACAAACAUUGGCUACCAAAGCGGCGUUUUAGCCUAAUGCUAAUUCCAGCACUCACCGGGUUGCUGAAGCACCUUUGCUGUCUUUCGCCAGCAUUUAUAUUGUUUCACUCUGUCAUGGCAGUCCCUCAAGAAAACAUCAGGAGCAUUGUUUCCAUAUCUCCAUGAACCUUUUCUCCAUUGCAUAAUUCCACCUAGCAGCACCAAUACCAUCGUCUCUCUUUCGUUUCGCCAUGUUUGAAAGCUCUGUAAGGAAGAGCUUCUGUGCUCCUAUUGGGCAACGUCACAGAUGUGACGGAACCCGUCAUGGAGGACCAAAAAAAAUGAAACAUGCUAGUCUUUCUGUUGUGACAUUGUGAAACAUUGCAGACGCAGCAUCGUCGGUUGUCGUCCACUAUUACAAAAUAUAUGAGAUAAAAGGAUUGAUUCUUGUGUCCCGACGGCCAUCGUCAAGUUCGGUUUAUUUCUAAAGCACAUUUAAAAACACCUGCAGACCAACCAAAGUGCUGUACAAUAAAAAAAUAAGAGUACACAGUAAAUAAACAACGAACAUAUUAAAAGCAGAGUUCUGGAAAGUUUUAAGACAGGAUUUGAACUCAGAUAAAGUGGAAGCCGUUCUAAUGUGAUUUGGUUGGUUAUUCCAAAGAGUGGGGCCAGCCACUUCAAAGGCUCUAUUUCCCCUUGUCUUCAGGCGGGUUCUGGGGAUCUGAAGGAGGAAUUCGCCCUCUGAUCUUAGUCCUCUUCAGGGAGUGUAGGGGUGGAGUAGGUUUAUCAAAUAAGAAGGUGCUAGAUUAUUUAAUGAUUUGUAGAAACUUGAUUCUAUAAUGAAUCGGCAGCCAAUAUAGGGAUCUCAGAAGGGACGUGACGUAAUCAAAUUUUUUACAUCCCUUCAGAAAUCUGCCUGCUGCAUUUUGAACUACUUGUAAGUGGAAGAUUUGGGUCUUAGAUAUGCCAUAAUAGAGGGAGUUGCAAUAAUCCAGCCGAGACGUGAUAAAAUAGGCUGACCAUAUGUGCCAUUUUCCCAGGACACGUCCUGUCCAGGAUUUCUAAGUUGCAUAAAAUGUAGUUUUGGUUUUGUUUUCAUAUUUGCGGAAGGUAGCCUAAUGAUUAAAAAAUUAUUUUACCAAUAGCGUGCAUUAUACAUAAUCGACCAAUCGUGGCUUGCGAGAAGGCUGGAUCUACAGAGAACGGUCAAAGCAUUGCAAAUACUACAACAUUUUAACGCAUUGCAUGAAGACUGUCAAUAAGUGGCUUGCACAGACCUCCGUUUAGAAAUCGCGUUCAGGGGGCACAUCGAUAUGACCGCUUUCACGAUUAAAGAGGCAAGGGCUCAAGCCAUUUUAGGCAAUUUAGAAAUCCUGGACAGGACGCGUCCUGGGAAAAUGGCACAUAUGGUCACCCUAGAUAAAAGCAUGGAUUGCAACCUCUAGAGAGAGAAUGAAGAUAGAAGAAACUUGAACCUACAGUUACUUCCUAGUUACAGGCAAAUAAAUUUGCCGUAUCAUCAGCGUAAAAAUGAAAGGAUACGCCAUGUUUCCUAAAAAUGGAACCCAGGGGAAGUAGAUAAGGAGAGAAAAGAACAGGUCCUAGAACAGAACCCUGAGGUACACCACAAGUUAGACUGCCUAAAGAGGAGGAGAAACUUCCUAUUUUAACAGAAAAUCUUCUCGUUUACGAAUCCCCACGACACCCUACGUCAAAUCGGGCUGAUAUUGUGUAGUCUGAACCCCGACUGAUUUGAAAAAGUUUUAUAUGUGAAUCGGUGGCUUUCAGAAUCAGAUUGCCGUCAUCUUUAUCAGUGUACUUGAAAUGUUGUGCUUCUUUAAUAGUGCGCACACUCUUGUCUCUUCUACUGAGCUGAGGGAUCCGAACAUCCACUGCCUGUUCAACUCUAUCGACUGAAAGGGCUGAGGUUCACAAGACAGCAAUCAAUCCUUCACAUUCUUAAGGGCUUUCACAAUCACACGAGUGACCCUCUCGCACAGACUAGUGUGAGAGAAGAUGGCAGUGGCAUCCCUUCCUAUUUCUCUUUGUUAUUAACCACAUUCACAGCCAUUUGUCUUGCAAUAUUUUAACUUGUAGUUUGAUGCACAAGCGUUCAGACAUUUUAGUGUCGAGUCUUUCUGCUGUAUGUGCUGUAUAAAUCGACCAAACAUUUAGGAUUCAGACUGCGUGCUGAGCUGACGGUUUUAUUAAGAUGCAAACAGGUGUCGAGUCCCAGUAAAACACCUCCAACAUUGUUAUAUAAACUACGCUUUUGUUUUUAAGAGGUGUGAAGCUGGCAGGUAUGAACAAUUUAACAGUCAAAUUGAUUGUUUGGCACUGUUUUUAUUGAAAUAUCAUAUUCGUCUUUUGUUUGUGCCAAAAUAAUCAGUUAAUGGAGGAUAAUAUUGUCUGUAAUACAGUUUUGCACACGAGACGCACUAGUCGGGGGGGUUAAUGCCUUUGUUUUUCUUCAAAAGCGAUGCAUCUAUCAGCUUUUCGUUGAUGGAAACGGUGCAAAGAGUGGAACAAAUUCAGUACAUUCUGAUCUGUAUCUCCAAGGGGUUCAAAUGCAUGACUUUGCUCAGCAUCUGUAAUCAAAGCAUCUUUCAGAUGUAAUCAGCAGAGUUAUGUCACACCGUAUUAUGAAUAUGAAUUUGUCUUUUAAGGGAUUAUGAACACACUGAUUUUACACUAUUGUUUUAGGUAAAUUUGAAUUUUGAUUUCUUCUGUCGCACAAAUUUGUCAUGUCAUUGUGUUUUGGGCUUUAAAACAGUAAUUUUUUAUUUAUUUCUUUUUACUUGCUAUCUAUAUCUUUAUUCACAGUGUUAUUGGCUUUCUGCUUAAUGUAGUUUAGGUUUUCUUUGUUUAAUUUGUCAGUAAGAACAAGUCAUCUGCUCUUAAAAGAUCAUGUGCACUGUUAGUUAUUCAAAUGUACAUUUUUGAUAGCAAAAUUUUAAUAGAUAUGAUUUGAUGUAUAAAGGGUGAGCUUGCUGUGUUUGUCUUUUAUGGCUUGAGUUUGGUCUGUGUAUGUUAUGUUACAGUUCUGAUUUGCAUGUUUUGUUUUCUUUUUUAAAAAUGUUUCUUGAUAACUUAAAUGUUCUGUCUCUGCCAAAAAAAAAAAAAAAAAAGUUUUGUAAUAGAAAAGAAUUAAAGAGCGGAAAUGAAAUACACUGUUAUAAGAAUAAAUGAGAUGCAUUGUGCAUUAAGAACAAUCCAAAGCAUAAAAUAUAAAAAUAUACUCCUCUCUAAAACAAAA